CACGUGACUUAAUGGUAACAGUCGGCCAUUUUGGAUUGAGGAGGAACAAAAUUUAUCAAAACAAAACAAAAACUACUUGUGUUUUCGACUAUAAGCACAAACGAUGAAUUGUACAACAUAAACUAACAAUUAUUAUAAACAUCUGCUUCAGCAGUCAAAGAAUGAAGAGGCAUGACAGCGAGGUUAUAUCCACGACCUCGAGCACCUCCAAGGGGUCGGAGCGGAGGAAGAAUAGGUUCUCGAUCAGAAGAAUAUUCUAUGCAGGUAGAUCCGGUUUGUCUCGGAUGAGCUUAAACUCUACGUCAUCUGCACAGUCGGAUGUGGGAUAUUCUAUCAGAGACCGUGAGCGCACUGAAGGUGCUGCAUUAGGUGCCACAGCAGCAUCGAGUGCUACAACAACAACAUUGUCAGUGCCAUCGUUACCGUACUACGGUCCUGGUCACAAUGCGGACCGAAGAAAAAGCAAAGACGGUUCGAGAGAGUGUCCACUGUGCCUAAUUGAACAUCCAUCGGAUAAAUUUCCGGAAAAUCUUUCCACCUUUUGUAUUUCAGAUUUUCUUUACUAUUCCAAUGUCUAUGCUGUGAUAGCGACAGAGUGCGCAGGCUGCCCAAAGAUAAAAUGCGAGAGACCAGGAUGUAACACAUAUUUCUGUUACCACUGCAAGCAUUUCUGGCAUCCGAACCGAACAUGUGAUUCAGCAAGAGCUGAACGACGAGCCCUCCAGAUUUUAGGUGUCGACUCGUUAUCACUAUCUCCUAGAAUUGUUCAGAAGGAUUUUAUCAAGCCAUGUCCACGGUGUUCGGCCUUUAUAGUAAAAGAGAAUGAUGGCUCGUGUAAUCAUAUGACAUGUACAGUGUGUGGUGCCGAGUUUUGUUGGCUGUGUAUGAAAGAAAUCUCUGACCUUCACUACUUAAGUCCAUCAGGUUGCACAUUUUGGGGUAAGAAGCCUUGGAGUAGAAAGAAGAAGAUAUUGUGGCAGCUUGGUACCCUGGUUGGAGCCCCUGUUGGCAUCACACUUCUAGCAGGCAUAGCGGUUCCAGCUAUGAUAAUUGGCAUACCGGUCUGGGUUGGAAGAAAAAUACAUUCCCGAUUUGAACAUUCUUCAAAACAUAAACAUAACGUAGCCAUAGUGGGUGGGGUAACAGCAUCCAUACUGGUAUCACCUAUUGUUGCAGGCCUAGCUGUAGGUAUUGGGGUGCCUAUACUUCUGGGCUAUGUUUACGGGGUUGUCCCAAUCUCACUGUGUAGAAGCGGAGGCUGUGGAGUACGGACAACAAACAGCGGAGGUGUCAGGUUUGAGUUUGAGGAAAACGAAACAGGCAACUCUACUUACGCAGGUGCUGUCGACAGCCAGAGCGUCGGAACAGGUCAUCAGGUUCCGAACCCAAGUAUCGCACCGAGCAUUGGCGAGGCUAGUGUUGGAAUGAACAAUAGUUUGUAUAGUGGAAGUGGUACACACAUUGAUCGCGUUGGUGUAAGCCGCGAGGACGAGAGUGACCGAGAUUCUGCCAGUCAUCGAGCAAUAGCAGGUUCGAGUCUAAACGGCAGUAUGUGCGGGAGCACUUACGCUGCAGUUAUUGGAAUGCAUACAAAGCUGGAAGUACAAGCAGAGAUGGAGACAGACGUACCCACUGGAAAACGUGCAAGUUUCAGCAGUGGCUCUGCCAACUUUAGUAUCGGAGAAAAGUCACUUGGCGAGAAAUCUGGUAUCGGAGAUGACGCAAGCACACGCGGCCUUGCUGGCUCAAUAGCUAAUUACAAGUUCGAUUCGGCAUCUUUGACGCCAUCUGAUGUGCAUGUAGAUUUAGCGAAAUCAGCCAAGGCAGAGGUUGAUCAUGUACCAUUGACUGUAGAGGGUGGACGUACGACGCCACGAGAUUUGGACAUUUCUAGUCUCUCAUCUAGAAUCUCUCAUGAUGACAAGAAGAAGACCAAUUCCUGUCCUGGUUCCCCUCAUUCCAACUCUGGAAUGACAUCUGAGCAUGAGGACGGUUCCCGUCAUCACAGUGCUAGGUGUCGGAAGUGCCGACGAGCCGCAAAACUUGCAGAAAAGCAUGCAACAGAACAGAUGAAUGUUCACUUUUCAGACCAGGUCAGCUUGCAGAGCUUUCAGGCUGAGGACGCUGUCCUUGACUUGCCUAUGGGUAAACAUGGAAUAGACUCUUUAUCGGAAAUGUGCAAUGAAGAUGAUUUUGAUUCAGAUGACGCAUUGGAUCGGUGCAGUAAAAGACGUGUCACUGGGCGAAUAAACUCUGAGCCGGCAGUGUUAUUAACGGAGGUAGAAAAUGAUCACCCAGGUUUCAUUCAUGUGGAGCCUGUUGAAAGUCGCGUCGAUUGCGACAGUGAUAGUAGUGAUAAACAGAAAAGUACGACAUCGUUGACGCCUCCGCUCUCAGAUGGUAGUAGUAACGAUGUAAUUGUUAGUUUGAACGGCAGUGUUUCUUCGAUGUCAAUGAAAUUUUGCAAGUAUGGAAAUGGUGAAGAAAAGACUCUUUCAAAGUGUCGAAGCGAAGAAAUAUAUAAAAAGAAAAAGAGUAAAAUGGACGAUUCCGUCGAAGAGAAAAGUAAAAGUGAAGAAAUGUGUAAUAAGGAUGUUGACGUUCUGAGUGGCCACAUGAAACGCACAAGACGUGAGAGUUGCGAACUGGCGAUGCAGGACGGACGAAUAUCGCCUUCUUCGAGUAUUGUAAAUUGAACAAGUUAACAGCCUUACAUAUUGUGAAUUUGAUGCAAAACUUUAAAAUUAGAAAUAAACUAAUGCUAAGUGUAGCUCUUUCUCCAUCCCACGUAACAUGUUUCUAUUUAUAGAUUUUUUUUAUUCUAUACAGAUCCAUUCCUUUUUAGAGAAUUUAUAUUUCACUGAAUUUCAUUUGCUUCAUGCUUCGUAAUUUUUUUUUCCAGGCAACUUUCUUGUAUUCUUGUAUUCUGGUAAAAUAUGGACAUAGCUUCAAAGAAAGAACGCAAUAAUUCGUUCAUUACAAUUAAAUAUUGGAAGUUCAGUCAGAUUUUACUUGAUCAGAGGAGGAGAGGCUUAAUUGCUUUUAUACUUAAUGAUUUGAAAUACUAUGUACAGUUUAUGAAUCAAGUUUUUCAGAUCUAUACAUUUUUUUUAACACCCAAAAGCAUUUUUUUAGUAUACUUGUAACGCACCUUGUCGUUGGACCAACCGUCUGUAAGCAAUUUCAUAUCCGGUCUGUAUCUCUUGAGCUGAAGAAAGUAAUAUUAUAGUAAUAGUAGAAAUGUUAUACCAUGAUGAGACAAUGUGCAGAGCGUAGAUUUGACUUUCCCCAGGUCAAGGUUACAUUUAGUCAUUGGGUAUAAGUUAAAAAAUUUAAUGUACCUAGUGAAAAUGAGUGCUAAUCUUGCCCCUUGGUUUAAUACCUGCCCCGCUGUGGGAGUUACUUGAGUUACAUAGGGAAAUAUAUUUAAGUCUUCUUGUGUUGAACUGCAAUUCCCACAGCUUAAAUAUUUGGCAUGUAGCAUUUCCUUGUUGACCUUUACAACCCCUAGAUCCUUAUCCAUGGGUUAAAAAUUAAAUAUAUCUAAUCUUUUUGUGGAACACUGUUAUGCCCUGAGUUUAUAUAUUUGGCACGAAGAAAUGCCUAGUAGACCUCUACAAAAGUUUUAAAAGUCAUGCACAUAGGGUCAGAAAUGCUCCCACCCUGGGAGGUAGGGGGUCAUUUAGUAUUAUAAGAAUAAAAUGAAAGAUAAAACAUUUUUCAGUCGAGUUUUUUUUAAUGGGUCUCUUCCUUAAUUGAAAGAUGACUUUUAAUUCAUGGAACCAAAUUCUUUGGAGUAAAUAUUGCCACCCCAGUGCUCUUGUUUUCAUCUUGUUCUGCAGUCUAUAACGACUUCCAUGAACUCUGUCUCACUUGUAAUUUGAAGAAUUCUUUUCAUUCCCAUCCAACGAUAUAGUGAUACCUACAUAAUAUUUUGAAGUAUUUCUCGGAAAGUACGCUUAAAAUCAUUUUUCUUAUGAAAUUUCUUAAUUGGUGACCCACAUGUUGUAAAUGAAAAAUAUAUAUACCCUCAAGUGAUAAAACUCUAUCACAUGAAGACUUUUUUUAUUAUCAGACUUUAAGUACCGUAAUCAGCCUGGUCUCUUAGUAGGGCCCUUAAUUAAUAGAAAACUUUUUGUUGAACCCUCUUCAAUAGAACUUACUGAUGGACCCUCAUUUGAUGAUGGUUUUGUUGGACCCGUUAUCUUAUGAAACUUGAUGAGUUCUGGUAUGUAAAAAUGAAAACAACAUUAUGACAAUAUUGGAAAUAUGAAUGUCAAAAAACUGAGAAAAUCUAUUAACAACUUUAUGGUUAUAAAAUGCAAUAAAUAUAGAAUUUCUGGCAGAGUCUAUUGAUUUUUCUGUGAAAACCGACUUUACAUAGGAUUGUAUAAGAAAUAUUGUUUGGUACAUGAUGUUGUUAAAUAACAAACAAAUUUGCAGAUUUCCACUUUUCUACACAGUGAUUUUUCACUUAAUAUCACAUAGGCCUAGGCAUAUAAAAACCUUCUUCCGAAUCCAAAUUUUCUUUAAAAUUGUGCAAUUUUUUCAAAAAAUCUGAACUUACACUAGCUUUUAUAUUUCCAAAUAAGCAAUUUAAGUGAUGAUCUUUUUUUCCAAAAUCAAGAAGACCGAAGGCCUUUCUGUCAGUUAAGUGAGUUGAAAGCACUGCUACAUUUUUUGCUCAUAUGCUUUGAUCUAUAUUUUAUUUUCAUGAAUGAGUACCCACGCUGAUGAAUAAUGAGGAAAAACAACACACAAAAAAUGGCACAUAUUUAACAACUCUUAUAAAAUAUAUUUUAAAAUAUUCUAUACCCACCAUAGAAUAAAAAAAAUCAUUGGCCAGUAAACACUUGCAAUAAGCUAUUUUUGAUAACUUGCAUUUUUUGAUGGUGAUAUUUAAAGCAGUAUGCCUCAAGAUUCAUGCUGAUUUUCAUGAACAUUUUAAAAAUGUGUUUAAAAGUAAAAUAUUGUGAAGUAAUCAAAAAGGAAGCAACUUGCACAUUACAAACAGCACCUCAAAAACCAUGUAAAUUACCAAAAUGAGGUAAAAAUAUUUAAAAUAGCCUUAACUGCAUUAGUAACGCAGUAUAAAUAUGGUCAUAAAUAUUGAAAAUAAUUACUCACACAUUACUUGUAAAAUAUUAUCUUUUUCAUAAAAUUUUAGUACAUUUUAAGUUGGGGGGUGCUUUUAUUGAAAUAUUUUGGCUUAUCUGGAGGCAUGUAGCUUUAAAUAUUGAUAUGAUUCGUCAAAAAUGUUUUUUCAAGUACAUGAAGUAGGUGUUGUUUUUUUUGUGAAAAUAUUUUCAUCUUUAUUUGUUCUAGCUGUUGUUGUGGCCGUUGUUUUUCAUUAUUUAAGCAAAAUAUAUGCCAGGGUGAGAGAUUGGAAUGACUGGACACUGGGGUGUGUUUUCUGUCAAUUCACAAGCCCGAUCCAACAAAAAUGAUUGAAGGGAAUUUCUUCAAGGCAAGGAUUAGAAGCAAAUUACAUGUAUGGGAACUCACUUAAAUGUCAAAGAUGCUCAAUUUUGUAUCAGAAACUUUUUUGUAACAAUAAGAUUGUGUCACUGUAGAUAUGAAUAUUCUUUCUUUAUUGACCCUUAUUGCUUUUCUUUUUUUCAUCUUGCUUUACAUCCUAACACUAUUUUAUCUUGGGCAAAAAAUGAAAAAAAUAUUUCUUCUGAUUUGAUGUCACUAAUUUUUACUUAACUUUUUUUUGUAAAGAGAGCUUUUUUUUGUAAGGAAAAUUAUCCUGUAUGAUACAUUUGGAUUUCCUUUAUUUGUAUCCAGAUAACUAAUUUUAUUUUUCAAAAAUAAUCUAAUUUUGUUUUCACGUUGUUUCAUUGUUUAGGAGUCAUUCCAGGUGAAAUAAGGUAAAACUGGUAACAAGAGAUCAAUAUAACAAUGGACAAAUUAAAAAUUUUGUCAGCAUUUGUAACAAAAAUAUUUGUAACAAUAAUCAAUUUCAAGUACUGCGAAGUUGAAGUUAAAGAAAUUUUAAGAAAUUUUUUUUACCGCACCUGUUUAUAGAAUAUCUCUAUUUCAUUCUAUAGAUAAAAAAAAACUUUUAGACAAUACAUUUAAAACUGUACCUUAACUGUUAGACUGAGAGGGAGUUAAAUCUUGUUGUCUUAAAAAUUUCAAGACCCGGAAGUUAGUUUUGAAUUUGUUGCCAAAAGUGAAAAGCAUUCCAGAAUAGUGAUUGAGAAUUAUAUUUUUAUAUGACACUUAUUAUUGUUCCGAGCCGAACAAAGUGUGAAAUGAAAUCGUCCAGUAUGUUUUAUCACCCCCUGUUAAGAAUUAACUUGUUUUCCAUUGUUUUGUUGUUACAUUGUCAGAAUUAGUCACAUUAUACUAAUACUUUAAUAGCAUUUCAGUGGUAGCCAUUUUGAUGUUGUUUUUUUUUUUUUCAAAUGAAGGAAAUGAGGUUUGUUUGUGUUUACAGAUAUUGUAAUUGAAACUCUUAACAUUUUUAGCUCGACUAUACGAAGUAUAUGUAGAGCGGUCCUACUCGCCCCGGCGUCUGCGUCCGCGUCCAGAUUUUAGAUUAAAGUUUUGGUGCAGUAAAAUAUUUUUCACUAUAACUUUGUCAUUUCUUAAGGUAUCAACUUCAAACUUCAAAUAUAUGUUCCUUAUCAUCAACCACAUCUUAUGUGACAAGGUUCAUAACUCUAGCACCAAUAUUUUCAGAUUUAUCUCCCCUUGAACUUAGAAUUUUCCUUAAAAAAUACUAUUUUUUACUGUUACUUCUUUAUUUGUUAAGGGAUCAACCUCAUACUUCAAAUAUAUGUACCUUAUCAUCAUCCCCAUCUUAUAUGACAAGGUUCAUAACUCUAGCACCAAUAUUUUCAGAUUUAUCUCCCCUUGAACUUAGAAUUUUCCUCAAAAAAUACUAUUUCUUACUGUUUCUUCUUUAUUUCUUAAGGGAUCAACCUUAUACUUCAAAUAUAUUUACGUUAUCAUCAUCCCCAUCUUAUGUGACAAGGUUUAUAACUCUAGCACCAAUAUUUUCAGAUUUAUCUCCCUUUGAACUUAGAAUUUUCCAUAAAAAAUAUUAUAUUUUACUGUUACUUAUUUAUUUCUAAAGGGAUCAACUUCAUACUUCAAAUAUAUGUACGUUAUCAUCAUCCACAUCUUAUGUGACAAUGUUCAUAACUUUUGAAGCAAUAUUUAGAGAUUUAUCUCUCUUUGAACUUAGGAUUUACUUUUUAAGGUAUCUUCUUCAAACUUCAAAUAUAUAUUUCUUAUCAUUACACAAAUGUUGUGUGACAAGGUCCAUAACUCUAGCAUGACUAUUUCCAGUAUUAUUCCCCUUGAUCUUGGAAUUAAUGUUAACAAAUGUUAUUUUUUUACUAUAACUUAAUACAUAAUUAUACAUAAUUGAUUUUUGUGUCGCCUUGAAAAGGUGACAUAUAGGGGUUACUUUUGUCGGCGGCGGCGUCUGUGUCGUUGUCGUUGUCGGCGUCCCCUAAAGCUUGUCCGGAGCAUAACUCAGUCACUAUAAGUCUGAUUGACUUCAAACUUGGUAUGCAUGCUUCUUUCAAUAACCCGAAGUGCAGUGCACAAGGACCGGUACUCUGCAGUUCUUAUUUUUUGAGUUAUUGCCCUUUGUUAAUUUUCAUACUUUAAUUUUGUCCGGGCCAUUUCUCUUCAACUAAAAAAGCUAUGGACUUGAAACUUCAUAGGAUGAUAGGUCUCAUUAAGAAGAAGUGCAGUGCACAAGAACAGGUAUUCUGCAUUUCUUAUUUUUUGAGUUAUUGCCCUUGGUUUAUUUUCAUACUUUAAUUUUGUCCGGGCCAUUUCUCCUUAAGUAUAAAAGCUAUGGACUUGAAACUUCAUAGGAUGAUAGAUUUCAUUAAGAAGAAGUGCAGUGCACAAGAAUCGGUACUCUGCAUUUCUUAAUUUUUGAGUUAUGGCCCUUUGUUAAUUUUCAUACUUAAUUUUUGUCCAGGCCAUUUCUCCGAAAGUAUAAAAGUUAUGGACUUGAAACUUCAUAGGAUGAUAGAUCUCAUUAAGAAAAAGUGCAGUGCAUAAGAACUGAUACUCUGCAUUUCUUAUUUUUUGAGUUAUUGCCCUUUGUUGAUUUUCUUACUUUAUUUUUGUCCUGGUCAUUUCUCCUCAAGUAUGAAAGCUAUGGACUUGAAACAUCAUAGAAUGAUAGAUCUUAUUGAUAAGAAGUGCAGUGCACAGAACCUGCUGCUCUGCACUUAUUAUUUUUUAGCUCGACUAUUCGCAGAAUAAUCGAGCUAAUGCAGUCACCCAUUUGUCGGCGUCCCUGUGGUUAAGUUUUUGUAUGUAAGCUGGUAUCUCCAUAACUACUGAAGGGAAUGGAUUGAAACUUCACACACUUGUUCUCUGUGAUUAUCUAAGAUGAUUGGCACAAGUCCCAUAACUCUGAAUUGUUUUAUUUCAUAAUUAUGCCCCUUUUUCGACUUAGAAAAUCUUGGUUAAGUUUUUGUAUGUAAGCUGGUAUCUCCAUAACUACUGAAGGGAAUUGAUUGAAACUUCACACACUUGUUCUCUGUGUUUAUCUAAGACAAUUGGCACAAGUACCAUAACUCUGAUUUGCUUUUUUACAUAAUUAUGCCUCUUUUUCGACUUAGUAAUUCUUGGUUAAGUUUUUGCGUGUAAGCUGGUAUCUCCAUAACUACUGAAGGGAAUGGAUUGAAACUUCACACACUUGUUCUCUGUGAUUAUCUAAGAUAAUUGGCACAAGUCCCAUAACUCUGAUUUGCUUUUUUACAUAAUUAUGCCCCUUUUUUGACUUAGAAAUUCUUGGUUAAGUUUUUGCAUGUAAGCUGGUAUCUCCAUAACUACUUAAGGUAAUGGAUUGAAACUUCACACACUUGUUCUCUCUGAUUAUCUUAGAUGAUUGGCACAAGUCCCAUAACUCGGAUUUGCUUUUUAACAUAAUUAUGCCCCUUUUUCGACUUAGAAAUUUUUGAUUAAGUUUUUGCGUGUAAGCUGGUAUCUCCAUAACUACUGAAGGGAGUGGAUUGAAACUUCACACACUUGGUCUCUGUGAUUAUCUAAGGUGAUUGGUACAAGUCCCAUAACUCUGAAUUGUUUUAUUUCAUAAUUAUGCCCCUUUUUCGACUUAGAAAAUCUUGGUUAAGUUUUUGUAUGUAAGCUUGUAUCUCCAUAACUACUGAAGGGAAUGUAUUGAAACUUGAAGAGUUUGUACCUUUUCGGACAAUUUUAUGUAUUCAUAUAGGUAAGCAUUAUUAUACUCAAUGAAACACCCUUGUGACAAAUUUUCGAAUAGUCGAGCUUUACUGUCCUCCGACAGUUCUUGUUAGUUAUUGCCCUUGGUUAUUUUUCAUAUUUCAUUUUUGUACUGGCCAUUUCUCCUAAACUAUAUUGUUCACAAGGCGACACAUCCGACUCGCGGAGUUCUAGUUCUUUCAUAGUUUUGUCCUCCUUACUGCGUCCAGUAUUUUAUUAGUCAGCUUCGCUGUCUCCUGUGACAGCUCUUGUUGAUACUGCAAUUUCAUAAUAAAAUUGUAUUUAAAAGGACUUGGCUGAGGUUUUUAGGCAUGACGGGACUGGAAUUUUUUUUUAGAAUUUUGUUAACCGUUUAAUGUAGUUCUGAACCAAUAACUUGUGUGCAAAUUUUUAGAUCAUUCCCUCAACUCCGCUUUCCAGUAAAUUCAACUUUGUUGUGCAGAUACACCGAAAAAUGAAAAAGCGUUGUAAAGUCCUUUUUCUCUCAAAUCAAGCACAAAUUGCACAAAAAAUAAUUUCUGAAUUAAAAUUAAAUUUUAAGUAUAUUUCUUUAUAAUCUUUCUCAAAUUUAUCCAUUUUAAGUGUUUCACUUGAUUUAUGUAAAAAUUUCAAAUUUUAUAAUUUUAGGCUGUUUGACCUCAGUCGAGUUCCUUUAAGCUCAAAUUUUUGAAGGGGUAAAAUGAGCAUGUGAGGUUGUGCACCUGGGUAUUUUCGUCUGGAUAUUUUUAGUAUUUUUAGAGUUAUUGCCCUUGACUUAGUAAAAUUUUGCAAUUUUCAACUUGUGUCGCAUGUAACUCAAAAAGGAUUUGACAUACUGUCAUGAAACUUUACAGGAAUAUUGAUUAGCAUGUGCAGUUGUGCACCAGGUAUUUUCAUCUGGAUUUAUUUAGUAUUUUUAGAGUUAUUGCCCUUGACUUAGAAAAUGUUUGCAAUUUUCAACUUGUGUCGCAUGUAACUCAAAAAGGAUUUGACAUAGAGCCAUUAAACCUUAUGGGAAGGUUGCUCGGCAUAUUAAGUUUUGCUCCUGGGGUUUCGCUUGUGGAUUUAUCCAGUUUUUGUUGAGUUAUUUCCCUUGACUUAGUAAAAAACGUUUCAUUAUGUUGUUAUUUGUUCCUUGAGUGCUUGAGUUAGAAUCGACCAACUUUACAGGAAUAAUAAUCAACAUCACUAAAUUACAGGAAUAAUGAUUCACAUCACUGUGAAGCUAUGAACCUGGGAUUUUGCAUGUGGAUUUUUUUCAGUUUUGUUAGAGUUAUUGCCCCUGCCUUACAGUAGUAUAAAUUUGCAAUUUUCAACUUGGGGUUUGCUUGGGGAUUUAUUCAGUAUUUGUUAAGUUCUUGCCCUUUACUUAGUAAAAAGAUUUUUAGUUUUCAAAAUAUAUUUGACCUAGAGUCAUUAGAUUGACAGAACAGUGGCGCGGUGGGGGCACCCGUGUCCUAUGGACACAUUUCUAGUUUAUUAUAGAAAAUACUUUCUUAUGCUCUUUCCUUAAAAAAUGUAGAAAAAGAUUCUUGGUUGAAUUUUCAUAAAGUCAUAUACUAAAGUUGGCUUAUAUUUUCCUUAUAGACAUUGUUUGCUAAGGACAUAAAUAUACCUUUUUCUAAACAAUCAUUAUGACAAAAUGAAGGUGUCUGCAACCAAUUGAAGAAAUAGAUCAUUAGGCAAUAAGCUGCAGGUGCAUGUCCCAUUUGAUUUUGUCCCAGCUGCAGUUCUCAUAUGAUUUAUAACAUUCCUUGAUUAUAUAUUAACUCCUCAAAAUUAAUUUGAGUAAUACUUAAUUGCUCGCAAUAUAAAGUUGGCAUUGAAAUCCAAAAGUGAUAGAAAACUACAGCAUAUAAAUUGUCAGAUUUGAAACUGAAAAAUCACAGAGCCUGAUAGACAGGCUAGUUCCCAAUUAUUUAUAAAUAGCGCAUUACAUAUUCAAAAUCGACCAAUCACAGAGCCUGAUUAAUAGAGGCUAGUCACCAUUUUCUAUUUUAAGCUCAAGCCAUUAUUCUUUUUGAGUAUUUGGAGAAAAAAAGCACACACACACUGAAUUAUCCAUAUAUUUUCUAAUUGUGAAAUUGACUACAAGGUAGGUCAUGCACAAAUUUCGUCACAAAUUUGUAUACAAUAUUGCUUAGAGAUGAUCAACAAAAAAGCAAAGCUAUUAAUAUAUAUGAUAUUGUAGCAUUUCCCAUAAUUUCAUUUCAUCACUGUUUUUUUUUAUUUGGCUAUUGUAUUUUUGUUUAUGAUAUAUUGUAUAUCUGAUAUUUUAUUUUGUGAUAUAAACUUGUUGAUACUUUAAGUUAUUUUUUUUAUGAUGUAUAUUGAUUUGGUUUUCUCAUUGUGCAAUAGCUCAUCUGAAAGCCAAGUUACUUAUGGCGAGCUUUUUGGAUCACUGCAUGUCCGUCGGGAAAAAAAUCAUCUUUUUUCCCCAUUUAACUUGAUAGUUACUCUCUUCUUUGUUAAAGACCUAUAAAUAGACUUUAUGACCAGGAUCUCCAUCUACAGACAAGUGAAGAUAACUCUGUUAUGGAUUUUGAUUGAGUCAUGCCCCUUUUUGAUCAUUCGGAUUUCUGACGGGUUUUUUUUUGUUUCAAACUUGACGGAAUGCAUGCUACCCUGACUCUCCAGCCAUAAAGAUUGUCAAAUCAAGUGGCUGCAUGGCCCAGUGGUUAUCACAUGGGACUAGUUUUCGCUAGCUGUCUGCUGAACUGAUUGCUAGCCGCAUUGGUUCAAACCCUGUCACACCCUGUGGGGACAAGUUGUUUCCUUACGCAAGAAACUUUACACUUAUUGCUUAAUACUUGUUUAUUCUAGGAACCAAGGGAUCUGAAAGUGUGUCUAAAGGCUUAUAGCUUCCUACACAAUCGAGCUAAAAUAAAUUCUGCAUAAACUAAAUCAUUAUGGCUGUAGUAUGCAAAAAAAAAAGUCAAGCUUCCAUCUUGAUUGGAUUGUAAACAGGGUUUUCUUUGAAUCUUCUGCCCCUCACUAUUUGGACAGUAGAUGAUGUUUUCCUUAAAAAUGAUGCAAUUGUCCAGAUUGAUUUAAACAAGUCCUGAUAUUGAAUUGAUUUAUUUAAACAUAAUUUCUUAAAUAAAGUCUCAUGGUUUUGCAGAAUUAUACGAGGGCUGUCUCAUUAUGCUGGAAUUUUGCAUGUUUGCUCGGCAAUGUCGUAUUAGAUAUCAGUGAAAAAAUGUUUUUAGAAGUCAGUUGAGUAUUUUGUAUUUAAAUGCUGUUAUCCAUGACAUACUGGGACAGCCCUCGUACAUACAUUAAUCCUUAAAAAAGAAUAGGGCUUUCUGACAAAGAAAGAAUCGUCUUAAAAUUGGCCAUUAUUUAUCAGAUCAUAAUAUGAUGAAAAAAAUGUCCAUGUGAGCAUUAUAGGGUCGAUAUUGGCCUAAAAUUGGCCCCCUCUUGUUAUAUAAAUAGAUUGCCUUGUAACAGUAUGAUGUUGUUGUUGUAUUGAAACUGAUGUAUUGUUAUUAAUUUGUCAUGAUAUGUACGUGUUAAGGUAAUGCAUUGUUAUACUUGAUAUUAACCCGGAGCCAACUGGCGGCCACUGAAUUCUACCCACAACUAGGGCUGAGACAAAAAAAAAUCGGCGGACACAUCCGUGCUGAGCACUGUUAGCUAUUCAGUUAUGAAAUGUUUUGAAUUGUUCCUCUAAAAAAUGAUCAUUGGUUUUUAUCUAGAUUGAAAUUUCAGUUAAAACAAAGAGUGUAAAGGGUUACUUGAAAGGUAUUGUACGUGAAUACAGCUUUCAAUAAAACUAUAAAA